CAUAAAAGGUAAUACUAGUAUAUUAACAACAUUUCAAUUUCAAAUUAUGUUUCCUCCAAGCUUCGAGAACAUUACACUGAGCAGCACCCUUUCAUGGUAGAAAUGAUUAUAAAGGGCUUGUUCAGGCGAUACGAAAGAUGGAAUCCAGUGCAUCCUACAUAUGGAGCCUUCUGGGGCAUGGGAAUAGGCAUUGGCUGUGGGGUGGGAUGGGGUCCUGGAUUUGGUCCUGAGGCUAUUGGUUAUGUUGGAGCUGGAUGUGGUGUUGGAUUCAGCGUUGGCUUCUCUCUGCUCGGCGUUGGCAUUGGUCUACCUGCCAAUUACAUUUACACAGGUCCUUACAAUGCAUUCACAGCUGCCAGAAGUGGUGCUAUUGAGAUGUCUCGAUCCACUGAUAUACAAAACAUGAGAAACAUUGUGGAAGACAGUUGGUGUUACCUCGAUUCAAAUAUUGCUGGCUUCCAAGAAAGAGUGAUUCAAACUUUUUCAAGCAUAAGGGUCAAAGAAUCAGUUGGGAAGGCGGUAGAUUCGUCUGAAAUGUCGAUCAAAAUGCCCUUUCCCAAUCAAUGCAUGGAUCGUCUAAAACAAAGCAUCAAUGGCUUACUUCAUCCUUGCAAAGGUUCAAAGGAUUAAGCAACAUGUUGAGGAGCACAAUGUUUUUCUAUCCCAGAAGGGUCAAUGUACAUUGUACACUUCAUAGCAUUGGCCUUUGUUUAUGCCUUCCCACAGAUAGUAGGAAGCAUAGGUAGAAGAAAAAAGAGUAUUUACAGUUGCAGUUAUUAGGUUGAUACUAUAUUGCAAAUGUUGUUAACAUGCUUUGAUUUCUUUUAGUUUGGAAAACAUUGUUUGAAUGGAAGUUAGAAUUUGAAUUA